AUGUCCGGUUCCUUUGGGGGAUGGAUCCUAAAGAGUUCACCUAUCCCAAUAACAAAGAAACCAGACUUAAAUGAUCCUGUAUUAAGAGCUAAAUUAGCUAAAGGGAUGGGACAUAAUUAUUACGGGGAACCCGCAUGGCCCAACGAUCUUUUAUAUAUUUUUCCAGUAGUAAUUCUAGGUACUAUUGCAUGUAAUGUAGGUUUAGCGGUUCUCGAGCCAUCAAUGAUUGGUGAACCGGCAGAUCCGUUUGCAACUCCUCUGGAAAUAUUACCCGAGUGGUACUUCUUUCCCGUGUUUCAAAUACUCCGUACGGUACCCAAUAAGUUAUUGGGCGUUCUUUUAAUGGUUUCUGUGCCAACAGGCUUAUUGACAGUACCUUUUCUAGAGAAUGUCAAUAAAUUCCAAAAUCCAUUUCGCCGCCCAGUAGCUACGACCGUUUUUUUAAUCGGUACUGUAGUAGCUCUUUGGUUAGGUAUUGGAGCAACAUUACCCAUUGAUAAAUCAUUAACUUUAGGUCUUUUUUAG